AUGAGCUUGCCGCCUCCGGCACAGCUCAGGUCGUACAGUACAAGUCCAGUUCCAGUACGGCGAGAUCAAUCUGGUCCGAGACGUGUUGUUGAGCUUGGCGAGCUCCUUUCACAGCCAACGUGGUCAGUGGCCUCGCUUUUACCAGCUCUUCAAGAUGGCAUGCCGAAGGUUAGCUCCCAGCAGUUACACCAUCUGCUCAGGUUGUCAGCGCUGCCACCACCCAAGGAUCUGGAGGAGGAGGGCAAAAUGCUUGCCACCCUGUCCUCGCAGCUCCACUUUGUGAGAGAUAUUCAAAGGGUCAAUACUGAAGACGUGAAACCACUCUCAAGCCUCAGGGACGAAACAUCGCAGGGUGAGAAGGAAGCAGAGCUUGGAAUGAACGCGCUGAAGAGCGCGCUCGCAAAUGAGGAGCUCAGAGGACAACACCAUAAGCGCGUCAGACGAAAGCACGAGAGACAACAAGGACAAGACCAAGAACAAGACCGUUGGGAUGUCCUAGGAAAUGCUUCCAAGAAGACCGGAAGAUAUUUUGUCGUGGAAGGAGGCAGGCAACGAUGAAUCCUGCAUGCGCUCUUUAGGGAGGGCUACACAAUAUCGCGAGACAGUGAGAUGCUGGCUGCGCUGGAGCUUUGUGAAGCGUGAAGGGCUGCAUGGCACUUUCUUUCAAGUCCAUUCACCGUUGCGCGGUUAUUGGACUCGGUGUUCGAAAGAGCCGCUGCCCCCAAGCUCCUACAUGCGCACUUAUCUUCAGCAUUUCGAUAAUAUCAACUUCGCACAAGUCGUAGUCGCAGCCUGGGCCAGCCAGCCGACGCCCAACACAUACCCAAACGUAGAGCUUGCUGCACGGACCAAACCGCAUGUUUCGACGCCUCUACUGCGCCUCACGAGUGGCCCCAAUCGGCCAUUCACCUUUGUAAGAUCGACACUGCCCGGCGUGAUUACCGUCAAGCAUGUUUGACAGCUGCAAAUACCCGUGGUCCUACGAGGAUUCUCAGAGGACAACCACAAACGAGGUCCGAUGGAUGUAUCGCGUGGUCGGGGGUAGU